AUGGUUGGCGUUCCUCAUAGCACUGGUUGCUCCCGCUGCCGUGAGCGACGCAUCAGGUGUGAUAAAGUCAAGCCAGAGUGCUCACAAUGCCGAAGAUACGGUCAACCAUGCCCAGGAUACCGGCGCACUUUCCGCUUUCAGGAUGAAGGCCCAGGCCUUGAACGCCGACAUCUAUCGUCCGCUAGCCGCGCCUGCAGACAGUCGGCCACAAGCUCCGAAUCCCCUGUCGCAGAUGCUGCGCAGACACUUCGCAAUAAUGUGCUUGCCAUGAUGCGCAAACAUGCUUCUAUGGGCGAAGACUACGUCAACACUGGCUCUCCGGCGCGCAUGCUACUCGAGAAGCAGCACAUUGAAUGCUUUAUCGAUUUGAUUCGCACUGCCUUUCCAACCAUGUAUUACCACAAUCGAUUUCGUACGCCCAACGGACUUGACUUUCCGUCCUUUGUGAUCGACCAUAUCGGGUCUUACGAGUUUCUAGAUGCCGCCGUUGCGUGUCUUAGCUCCGUUUAUCUCGCUUACCUGUCGCAAGACUCCGAUCUUCUCAAAACCAGCCGACAGAUGUACGCGCAGACGCUUGAUGAGGUUGCGCAAGCACUACAGACUUCCAACACAGUGUCAGACGAGGCUCUGUCAGACGCCAUGCUGUGCACGAUGAUGAUGCUUAGCGUCUACGAAAUGUACGCGCAGACAAGCAGCGACGCAUGGGUCGUACACGCGGACGGUGUCAGACGGCUGAUGUACAGCCGCGGAGCCGAAGCCCAUGUUCAGGGGUUGUUACGCUCCUUCUACAUCUCCUACCGCGGCUUCUUGAUCGCCACCGCAGUAUAUAAAGGGAAACCGUGUUUUCUAGACGAGGAAGACUGGUUACAGCUCUCGCUUCAGAUUGGGGUUGAAGACUCCCGCAUGCCCUCUGAGUGGUCCUCGUCCACACAUUCAAUCGAGCUGGUGUUUGUAGAGAUAGUCAAGUGUCCCCGCUAUCUUAGCGAGGCACUCGAACUAGCCUACCUCUACCCUUCUCCCUCAGUGACAGCUGCAAUCCCGGAACUGAUGAACCGCAUCCAAGCCACCAGCAACAGUUUGAGCGAAGCGGUCUCGAUCCUCCAAGCCAGCAUGGAGCAUGAUCAACGCUUGCACCGUGGCCCCCCGCAGGAAGAUAUGAUGGAGAGCGGCCCUUCUCGGAUUAUUCAGGGGGCAGAGCAUACCCUUGCCAUCCUAGCAGAUCUGCUAGACAGGCUAGCAAGGGCGGCGGCGCAACCCCAAGGCAGCACUGCGCUUUCUUUCAGAGUGGUAUCAGAACUGGACCGCGGUCCUCCUGUCGCAUCGAGUGACCGGAUCGAUUUGAUCGCCGUUACUUGGCUGGAUCGCAUAGCUUCUGGCUUGGGGAUGAUUGGCACUGCAAUUGUUCAAGACUAA